GAAGAAGGCAGGGAAGCAUACCCAACGUGCUUUCUCUCGCUUUCCCUUUGCCAAUGCCUGUCCUCCAUUUGGAGUGCUGUCCUGGCACUCUAAGUUCCUGGUCAUCCUUCAAGAUUCACCUUGAAUGACUCCUUCUCUGAGAGGGCUUCCCUGCCUCUAGUUGUUGCUUAUUUUCCGCUGCUUCCUCAUGGACCUUAUUCUCUAAUUUUCUGUGUCCCUGCUUGUCUCAAGAGCGGGGAAGAGUCCGAUUUAUCUCUGUAUCCUGUGCACUUAAAACAUAGAAGAGGCUCAGUAAAUAUUCAGUAUUAAGUGCCGCAGUGAUGAGCACUGUGUCUGUGUGGGAUAGGGGUGGGCAGUGAGGAGGUCCGACAAUUAGACCAGGCCCAAGCCAGAGCACAACAAAGACCAAGAACAGGACGCCAGGGUUUGCGUCAGGAUUCCUCCGAGUGGACUACAAUGACCAGGAGGAAGAGAAGUGGACUACAACUCCCAGAAGGCUGCACGAGCACGUACGCUGCCGGGGGCUCUUGUAUCGUUGCCUGAGUGAAUCAGCGGGAGGAGUGGCCGAGGUAUCGCGAUAUUUGGGAGCCGCCCCGAGGCGCGCCUGGCGCGGAUCCUAAAUCCUGACAGAGCCUUAUGGAGCCCAGUCCUGGCAGGCCAGGACUCGAAGCCACCAGACCCCACAUGGAACCAAGGGCCUCAUGUCCAGCUGCUGCACCCUUGCUGGAGAGACAGUUCCAUGUUCUCGUGGGUGUCACUGGGAGCGUUGCAGCUCUGAAGUUGCCUCUUCUGGUGUCAAGGCUUUUGGACAUUCCUGGUCUGGAAGUAGCAGUGGUCACAACUGAGAGAGCCAAACAUUUCUACAGUCCCCAGGAUGUUCCUGUCACCCUCUACAGCGAUGCUGAUGAAUGGGAGAUGUGGAAGCGCCGGUCCGAUCCAGUUCUCCACAUUGACCUCCGGAGGUGGGCAGACCUCAUGCUGGUGGCUCCUCUUGAUGCGAAUACUCUGGGGAAGGUGGCUAGUGGCAUCUGUGACAACUUGCUUACCUGUGUCAUCCGGGCCUGGGACCGCAGCAAGCCUCUGCUCUUCUGCCCGGCGAUGAACACCGCCAUGUGGGAGCACCCCAUCACCGCGCAACAGGUGGGCCAGCUCAAGGCCUUCGGCUAUGUCGAGAUUCCCUGUGUGGCCAAGAAGCUGGUGUGUGGAGACCAAGGUCUGGGGGCCAUGGCUGAGGUGGGCACCAUUGUGGACAAAGUGAAAGAAGUCCUCUCCCUGCAUGGUGGCUUCCAGCAGAGUUGAACCCAGGAUUUCUGUUGUGUGUGUCCCUCUGCACUCAGCGUGUUUUCAGGCCAAGUUGGUGAAGAAGAUGGACAUUUGCAAAAUAUGAUGAAGACUCCUGCAUUUACUGAGUAGGGGUCCGGCCUGGGCCUGCUCUAGGGCCUCCCAGGGGCCUGACUGGCCCCAGGUUAAACUAGACCAAAGGCCCAGGUCUCAAUUUCUUUCCUAUUAGGAGACACUCGCUUUCUGGAGCCCCUCCCCACCUUGUCCUGGAUAGGUACAGCAACCAAGAGGAGCAAGCUGCUGUACUGUCACU